AAUGGUCGGCUGUCUCCGAAGAUGACGAUUAGCGCACGAACGCCGGGGGCCAGUGAGUACGUGUUUUCUCUGUGUGUGUGUAUGUGUGUGUGACUGAGUGUGUAGCGGAGGUGAAGAAGAGGAGGAUGAAGCUGGGAGCGGAGGAUGGGAGGAAGAGUGGAGUAAGAGACAGGCCAGCCGUGUGUGGAUGUGUGUGUGUUUGAGUGAGUAAGAGGAGAUCGUCUGAGGGACGGACGAAAACAAAGUCUCAUUUUGUGGGAUUAACCUUCUGGAACAUUGCAAACGGGAAACUUUCAACUUUUUACCCGGCACAGCUCGGCUUGUUGUGACCGGAGCCGGCUUUGUUUCACGGCGGGGGUGGCUGCGAUAAAUGAAGGAAUAAAAUAGAUCAGCAGCGACCAUUUUAUACCCAACCGGGGAAUACCCUGGGACCCUUCCGUCUGAAACUGCGAGAGAAUGGCGGCAAACAUGUACCGAGUGGGAGAUUACGUGUACUUCGAGAACUCCUCCAGCAACCCUUACCUGAUCCGCAGAAUAGAGGAACUGAACAAGACAGCCAAUGGGAAUGUGGAGGCCAAGGUUGUGUGUCUGUUCAGGAGGAGAGACAUUUCUGGCAAUCUCAACACCUUGGCUGACAGCAAUGCAAGGGAAUUCGAGGAGGAGUCGAAGCAGCCGGUGCUCUCGGAACAACAAAAACACCAGCUUAAGCACAGAGAGCUCUUCCUGUCUCGACAAUUUGAAUCUCUACCCGCAACUCACAUACGAGGGAAAUGUAAUGUCACCCUCCUCAACGAAACAGACAUUUUGGCUGGUUACCUGGAAAAGGAGGACUGUUUUUUCUACUCGCUGGUGUUUGACCCUGUCCAGAAGACACUCCUGGCAGAUCAGGGUGAGAUCCGCGUGGGCUCCAAAUACCAGGCGGAGAUCCCUGACAAGCUAGCCGAAGGUGAAUCGGAUAACCGGAUCCAAGAAAAGCUGGAGACCAAAGUGUGGGACCCCAACAACCAGCUCAAAGACCCGCAGAUUGACCAGUUCCUGGUGGUGGCGAGAGCUGUGGGGACCUUUGCCCGGGCCCUGGACUGCAGCAGCUCAAUUCGCCAGCCGAGCCUCCACAUGAGCGCGGCUGCAGCCUCCAGAGACAUCACACUGUUUCACGCCAUGGACACGUUGCAGAAGAACGACUACGACCUGGCCAAAGCCAUGUCCAACCUAGUCCCUCAGGGCGGUCCGGUCCUCUGCCGUGAUGAGAUGGAGGAGUGGAGCGCCUCGGAGGCCAUGUUGUUCGAGGAGGCUCUGGAGAAAUACGGCAAAGACUUCAAUGACAUUCGUCAGGACUUUUUACCUUGGAAGUCUCUAGCAAGUGUGGUGCAGUUCUACUACAUGUGGAAGACAACAGACCGCUACAUCCAGCAGAAACGACUUAAGGCGGCAGAGGCAGACAGUAAGCUGAAGCAGGUGUACAUCCCCACAUACACCAAACCAAACCCUAAUCAAAUUAUGGUGCCAGGCAGCAAGCCAGGAAUGAAUGGUGCUGCAGGCUUUCAGAAAGGGCUCAGCUGUGAAAGCUGCCACAAGGAUCCUAAUACCACUGACGGUCUGACUGUCCACCAUGUCCUUGCAGCGGCCCAGUCACCUCAGUGGUAUGCCUGGGGUCCUCCCAACAUGCAGUGUAGACUCUGCGCCUCCUGCUGGAUUUACUGGAAGAAGUAUGGGGGGUUGAAGACACCGACACAGCUAGAUGGUGGAGCUAGAGGUGGUUCUGAGUCCGGUCCCCGUGGUCACAUGACACGCCAGGAAGUCCAGGGCAUGUCGCCAUUUACCCGCAAUGAGGGUCGGGCAAAACUGCUGGCCAAAAACCGCCAGACGUUUAUCCUGCGCACCACCAAGCUGACCCGCGUUGCUCGGCGAGUGUGUGAAGACAUCCUGCAGCCUCGGCGCGCUGCACGGCGACCCUACGCUUCCAUCAACGCAAACGCUGUCAAGGCUGAGUGUAUCAUCAGGCUCCCCAAAGCCCCAAAAACUCCCGCAAAGAGCAAGGUGGUGCCUCGACAGUCACUAGCGGCUAUAGUGAAGGAUUUAGCUAUCUCGGCUCCACUGAAACUGAAGGCUUCCAGGGGACCUCCAACACCCAUCAACAGGAACCAGGCCAGCCAGCCCAGAGUGGGACAAAGCUUGCUGGGCAAGAGGGGGUUUGACAGCGAUCCUUGUGUCUCCCGCGAGUCAAAAAGUUUGCCCACGCCUGUGCUAGCAGCUAAUAAUGUUACGGCAUUGAGGAAACAUUUGACCCAAUCAGAGAUGCGUCGCGCAGCUAGAAAACCUCAUCUCCUCGUCCGGAUAAAGCUGCCGCCACCACCUCGUUCCCUGGCCAUGCCCCUGCUUCCUACCAGCACCAGCGAACCCAUCGUCUUGGAGGACUGA